AUGGUACUUAAGACAAUCCUGGUUGGGGACAGUGGUGUGGGGAAGACAUCUCUGCUGGUUCAGUUUGAUCAGGGGAAGUUCAUCCCUGGCUCAUUCUCUGCCACAGUCGGCAUUGGAUUCACGAAUAAAGUGGUAACUGUUGAUGGCGUCAAGGUCAAGCUACAGAUUUGGGACACGGCUGGCCAGGAGCGCUUCAGAAGUGUGACACAUGCAUAUUAUAGAGACGCACAUGCUUUGCUCCUUUUGUACGACAUCACCAGCAAAUCAUCCUUUGACAACAUUAGGGCAUGGCUAACAGAGAUUCACGAGUAUGCUCAGAGUGACGUAGUAAUCAUGUUGCUUGGCAACAAGGCUGACAUGAACAGUGACCGAGCAAUCAGGAGAGAUGAAGGGGAACGGUUGGCCAGAGAGUAUUCAGUUCCUUUCAUGGAAACGAGUGCCAAGACGGGAGUCAACGUAGAGUUGGCCUUCACAGCUGUAGCUAAGGAUUUGAAGCACCGGGCGGUCCAGCACCCCAAUGAACCCAAGUUCCAGAUUCACGAGUAUAUCGAGGCACAGAAGGAGAAGUCAGGCUGCUGCAGUUACUUCUAAAUCUCCUCUCCAAAGACUUCCUUCUGAUACUGCGGCUAAACAUACAAAAUGCUAAUAACUAGGAGGAAC